ACAGCACAAUCAUUCACAUGGAUGCUGACUUCUUAUGAUAAUAUUUCUUAAUUUGGAUAAGGUUACGAGUCAUAUAACACGAUGUCCAGAGGAAGCAGCGCGGGUUUUGAUAGACACAUAACAAUAUUUUCCCCAGAAGGAAGAUUGUAUCAAGUUGAAUAUGCAUUCAAGGCAAUUAAUCAAGGAGGAUUAACAUCUGUUGCUAUCCGGGGUAAAGAUUCAGCAGUUGUUGUAACACAGAAGAAAGUCCCGGACAAAUUGUUGGACCCUUCUACAGUUUCCCAUCUGUAUGGCAUCACUGAACAUAUAGGUUGUGUAAUGACGGGAAUGGUUGCCGACAGUAGGUCCCAGGUGGCACGGGCUAGGUACGAGGCGGCUAACUGGCAGUACAAGUAUGGAUAUGAGAUGCCAGUAGACAUGCUCUGUAAGAGGCUGGCAGACAUUUCACAGGUGUACACACAGAGUGCUGAGAUGAGACCACUUGGCUGUACUAUGAUUCUCAUAUCUGUGGAUGAUGAAUAUGGACCACAAGUUUACAAGACAGAUCCUGCAGGAUACUACUGUGGCUUCAAGGCCACUUCUGCUGGUGUGAAACAGCUGGAAGCUAACAGCUUCCUGGAGAAGAAGAUAAAGAAGAAACAGGACUUCACUUGUAAUGAAGCAGUUGAGGUGGCAAUCACAUGUCUAUCUACUGUGUUGUCUGUGGACUUUAAGGCGUCUGAACUGGAAGUUGGAGUCGUCUCUGUUGAUAACCCAAGAUACAGGACAUUGACAGAGGAAGAAAUAGAUUCUCACCUAGUGGCAAUCGCCGAGAAAGAUUGAGUGCCAUGAUCACCAUGUGAAGUAUCUCUUCAAAUGCACUCCAGGUCUGAAGCUGUGAGCUGAAGAAUCAUUGAAUAAUUUAUGUAUACCUGUCAAAUGUUCAGUGCUAUUCUGUGACCAUGACUGAUGGCCAAGUCUAGCCAACAUUAAGAAGUUUCUUGUUCUCGGCCGAGAGCCUGAGAUGUCACGUAUAUAGUCAACACUGGUCCUGUUUGGCCAAGUUUGUCGGCUUGUAACAUUUGGUAGCAGCAUAAAAAGGCUUAGGUUGUCAUCUUGUCAUUUCACUCCAGUGAAUGCUUAUCAAUAAAAAUUCAAAGAUGUUACCAUUUUCCAUGUUUGACUCUGCUUGAAUAAUAAUUUUGUCAUUGUAGUAUUAAUUAACGGUAAUAACAUCUGCAAUCCUGAGGCACUGGAGAUCUUAGUUCAAUACCUGCCAUGGACGAAAUUCCUAGAAUCCCCCAGCUCUCAUCAUUUGUGGGGCAAUAAGUAGGAUUGUGGGAGUGAUUUGCACGCUCUGAUAUUGAUUGAAGACCACUUGUUUUCCACCAAUAAAGUUUACACGUCUGUAUGUGGGAAAUUUCAUCCUGGUUUAUUUCAGGUACUCCAGUUUCUGUCAUCUGGAAACUGAGCGCCAUUAUGCAUGUGAGAACUUUAUGAGUAUGGCAACAGCAAAAUAAAUA